AUGGUCAUGCCAUCCACCAACGGAGACGCUGUCGCCAGCGCUAUUCCCACUCCGGGACUUGCGCGCGGCGCCUUUCUGUACGGCAGUGAUAUUUCACACGCUCUCGCACCUGUCGUCCAUCACACCGUAUGGAAGUUGCUCAAUCUGCCGUGGCGAUUCACGUUACUGGAUUCCACCGAUACCUCAGAAUGCCUCAGACACCUCGCCUCGCCUGACUGCGUUGGCUGCUCCAUCACGAUGCCAAACAAGCUCGCUCUAAUUCCGCACAUGGAUGAGCUGACCGCCGAAGCUAGGGCUGUGGGUGCGAUCAACACCGUUUCGGUCCAGACGGAUCCAAAGACUGGCAGAAGGCGAUACAUCGGAACGAAUACGGACAUUGUAGGUAUCCGGGAUGCGCUUGUAAAUGCCUUUCCAGCGAUCUUGAAGGACGUUGAAGGACGUUCAGCUCUGGUCUAUGGAGCCGGUGGUGCGGCCAGAGCGGCAAUCUACGCCCUGUGGAGAUAUUUGGGUAUCAAAACGAUCUUCGUGGUCAACCGCUUGCAUGAUGAGGCUCGGACGAUGAUGUCUUCCAUGACAGAGGCUGGUGUGGCCGUGAGGUUCGUCCUUCUGGAGAGCGUGCAGAGCUUGGAGACCUUGGUCGUCGACCCGAUCAUCGCUACGGGAACCGCACCAGAUAUAGUUCCGUCAAGCGCGGACGAGAGGAAAGCUUGGAAUGUGGUCAGCACGGUCCUGGAACGCCGGAGUACAAGAGCGUUUGUCCUUGAUAUGGCUUACACCCCCGACCCUGCCACGACAUUGAUCAAGCUAGCGAGGAAGUUUGGGUGGGAGACCGUCACAGGCGUCGAUGUCGUCGGGUUCGUGUGCAUGGCGCAGGAUCGGCUCUGGUGUGAGCAAGAAAUCCCUAAUGGAGCACAAAAUCUGGUUGCAGGAGAGUUACACAGGGCUUUGCGCCAGAGAUCGGGCCAUACAUAG